UGUAUAUACUAUAUUAGUAAUUGAAUAUAAUAUGAGUCGCAACCUUUUAGUUCCUUGUAUAUAAACAACACUCCAAAUGACAGGCAAAAGACAGAAACCAAAACAAGUAAUGUAAUAAACUCGUCAAACAUAGCUCUGCUUUUUCUUUUCCUUCGAUCAGAUUCAGAUCCAGACAAUGAAUCAAGAUCUUCAAGAACCAAUGGCGGAGAUCAUGCCACAUAUCAUAACAGCAAUGUCGUAUCUAUUGCAAAGGGUAUCGGAGACCAACGACCAUCUGAGCCAGAAACAGAGCAUCUCAGGCUUCCAUGGAAUAACCAAACCUUCCAUCUCAAUCCGAAGCUACCUCGAGAGGAUCUUCAAGUACGCAAACUGCAGCCAUUCGUGUUACAUCGUCGCAUAUAUAUACUUGGAUCGGUUCAUCAAGAAGCAGCCCUUUUUGCUCUUCAAUUCCUUUAGUGUUCAUAGGUUUAUAAUCACAAGUGUCUUGCUCUCUGCGAAAUUCAUGGAUGACUUGUGUUACAACAACGGAUAUUACGCUCAAGUUGGAGGAAUAAGCAAAGAGGAGAUGAACAUGCUUGAGCUUGAUUUCUUGUUCGGAAUCGGGUUUCAAUUAAACGUUACCGUUUCUACUUUCAAUAACUAUUGCUCUUUUCUACAUAGAGAGAUGGUGAGGUUGACAAAUAUGAAUUCACUGUCUGUAGAACCUUCUCUUUCAUUCAGAAGUUCUUUUGAGACCAAGCCUGUGAUGAAUACACUCGAGGAAGACUCUUUAAUCACUCAUCACAACAAGAAACAACUAGCUGCUGCUUGAUUAUAAUUAAUGUAUAGAUUAUAUAUAUGCAUGUAGCAAACAUUGUCAUUCAUGUCUUACACUUACUUGAUACAUCUUAUGGUGG